AUGGCUCGCAUUGCCUUAGCACUCGUGGGCUGCGCCGCCUUACAGACGUAUCGGAGGCCACAGACACUCCGCAGCAGCACGAGACGCUUCGCAGCACCCGAAGAACCGCAGCAGGACAUCAACGCGACGAUCGUCGCGGCCUUGGCGACGGCGGGCGCGGCGGGCGGCGCCGUGCUGCUGGCGGACCCGCUGCUCGACGGCGCGGCCGUGGGCGGGGCCGCCGACCUCAUCACGACGUACUCCGCGGCGACCGCGACGGUCGCCGACACGGUCAUCUACUCGACGGCCGCGGACGCCGCGGCCAGCGUCGCGGCCGCGGCGCCCGUCGCGACGGAGGCGGUCACCGCCGCGGCGACGUCGGGCGCGGCCGACGCCGCGGCCGCCGCGGCGGGCGCCGCCGCCGUCGCGUCGACGACGUUGGUGGAUGCGACCGCGGGGUCGGGCGCCGGCGAGGGCAUCGGUGCCGGCGCCGGCGCGCUCGCCGGGCUCGGCGCGUCCGUGUUCGGGGACUCCUCUACUGGUGUGGCCACGCGCGGCGCGACCAAAGUAGUUUCCAAAGCGGCUAAACAAGCACCAGAGGCCGUCACGAAGGUGGGCAAGGGCCUCGCCGCCCAGUCCGACGUCGCGCUGAAGAGCGCCAAGGCGGCGGCUCAAAGCGACGCGGCGCGCCUCGCGUCGAAGGCGCCCGCCGAGGCCGUCACGAAAGUCGCCAAAGUAGCCGGCUCUCCCACUUCAACAAAAAUCGCCAAGGGCCUCGCCACGAACGCCGACGCCGCGACUAAAGCGGUGAAAGUUGCGCCCGAGGGCUUCACAAAACUCGGCAAAGGUUUGGCAGCGUCGGGCGUCGCUGAAGGUGUCGCCUCGAAGGCGGGACUCUUUGCGGAGACCACCGGUAAAUUAGCUGGCGCCGGCGAGUCCACCACAGCCUUGGCGGCCAAAAUAACCCCAGUGCUCGACAGCGCCGGCGCCAAGGCGGCGCUGGGCGCGGCGGAAGGUGCUGGUUUGGCGGCGGGCUUCACGGGCGUGACGGUGGCCGGCGCGGAGUACAUGAAGCAGAAUUUGGGGGUCGUGUUGGGGAUUGGCGCUCUCCUGGGCCUUGCGAAGUGGGCCGGCGAUGCGCUAACGGAACCGAAGGACGGGCCCCUCGACAAGCUGACUAAGAAAUAGUAGCU